AUGUCUUCUCCGGCUUCUGAUCGUGAUGCUACCGGUGCUGAUAUUGAAGGGUCAUUUGGGAGCCGAUUGGUUCUCAUGCCAUGCGAACAUGUUGGUGUGGUUAUUGGUUCUUCUGACGUCUACGAUACUUUUGUUGGAAUCAUUUAUAAUCUUGUGGCUAAGGUUCUUACAUAUCAACUUGCCAAUCGGGAUAGGUUUAUUAGAACCUUCUUGCAACUAUGGAAAGGCUCUGCAGAUGUCUCUAUCAAGGAAUUGACUUCAAUAGAUUUUGGGUGCGUUUUGCUUGUGAUCGUGAUAAAAAACGAGUCCUUGAUAUGGAACCCCGGGAGUUUCGGCGCUAUUUGA